AUGAAUAGAGACAAUGAAAUAGAGAGAAAGAUAAAAAGAGACCUGUCUCUCUAUCUCAGUCUUUGCAUCAGUCUCUCUAACUCAGUCUCUUUGUAUCUCUCUAUAACAGGCUCUUUGUAUCAGUCUCUCAAUUUCAGUCUCUUUGUUCUGUCUCUCUAUCUCCAUCUAUUUUUACCUUCUCUUUGUAUCUAUCUCUCCAUCUCCAUAUCUAUCUAUCUAUCUAUCUAUCUUUACACUUAUCUCACUCUCUUUGUUUCUUUCUUUUAUUCUAUCUUAUUCUCUUUAUAUCUUCCACUAUAUCUUUUGAUCUCAGUCUCUUCAUAUCUAUCUAACAAUUCUCUUCAUAUCUAUCUAACAAUGUCUCCCUUGAUCACCCUCCUACCUUGUACCGUUCAUCUGACUGAAACAUCUCAGUCUCUUCAUAUCUAUCUAACAAUGUCUCCCUUGAUCACCCUCCUGCCUUUCUUUUCAUAUCUAUCUAACAAUGUCUCCCUUGAUCACCUCCUGCCUUGUACCUUUCAUCUGACUGAAACAUCUCAGUCUCUUCAUAUCUAUCUAACAAUGUCUCCCUUGAUCACCCCCUGCCUUUCUCUUCAUAUCUAUCUAACAAUGUCUCUCUUGAUCACCCCACUGCCUUUUACCUUUCAUCUGACUGAAACAUCUCAGUCUCUUCAUAUCUAUCUAACAAUGUCUCCCUUGAUCACCCCCUGCCAUCUACGUAAUAUCUCUCUCUUCUUCCUCUCAGCCUCUCUAUAUCCAGCUGUACAUAUAUUUGUUUCUCUCUUCAUAUCUACCUCUCUGAGUUCUUCUUUCAGUUCUAUCUGUUCUUCAUCUUCUGUUUUCAAAUUAUCUAUCUCUCUGUUUAUGCCUCUUAAUAUAAAUCUCACUCUUUAUAUCUCUCCGUAUAUAUGCAUAUCUAUCUAUCUUUUUCCUCUUCAUCAUAUUAUUAUUAUUAUCAUCAUCAUCAUCAUCAUCAUCAUCAUCAUCAUAUUAUCAUCAUCAUCAUCAUCAUCAUCAUCAUCAUCAUAUCAUCAUCAUCAUCAUCAUAUUUAUUAUUCUUCUUCUUCUUCUUCUUCUUCUUCUUCUUCUUCUUCUUCUUCUUCUUCUCAUAUCAGACAAAAGAGUAAGUAG